AUGGACGGUCAAUUGGACGUCGAUAAUGGUGAGGGAAGCAUAAAUUUCUAUUUCUUGAAUCUAGCUGACUUGGCCAGGAACGGGGAUAGUCGUAGGGUGUUGGGUAUGCAUGGUUUCAUUCAAGCAAAAGAUAACCGAGAAACUGACAGUAGCCAGUUUCUCACUGCAUUCGUCGGGAUAGCCCUAAUCCUACGAUAUGUUCUUAAGGCAUGGAUUCUCUGGUUUCUACCUCGAACCUUAAUCCCGAAUAAAGUCUGGGGAUUGGAAGACCUUUUUAUUUUCGCUGGUUAUGGCUUCGACAUUAUACACAUGACUACUGUUGAGUUGAGCUCCCGAUGGGGUCUUGGAAGACACUUCCAGUAUCUGGAGCCAUUUGAGAAAGUCCGAAUAUUGAAAUAUGGGAAUAUCUCGCAGCCAUUUGACUGUGCUGCAAUGCGGACCGCAUCCUUAUUUUCCAGCGUCAAUGCAACUGUCGAUUUCCUGCUCGCAGCCAUUGCAGUGAUUGAAGUCUGGCAAUUCUCCUUUCCAGCACUUCGACAGGGCCCCUGUGUAUCGUUUUGGUCGAGAUUCGGGGAUAUAAGUGGCAGUACAAAGGUUCGUCGGGCGUUGCAGACUGUCGCGAUCAGUGGUCUUUUGCUUCUUGCUGGGGCUGCUUCGAUUGUGAAAGCAUAUAUGUGGCUUCCAGAUAACAUGGUUGAUAUCAUUGUCUGGACAAAAAUCGAAAACAGCAGUAUCCUCCUCGCCUCAUGCGCUCAUACAUCCCGCCUCCUGCGCGUCCUCAUGGACUACUACCGCGAAGGCCAAUACACAGGCUACUUCUCAGACAACAACCGCCAAAUGGAGAUGCGCCAUUGCCGGGACAAAUCCACCAGCACAAUGGACAGCAACAUCACCCUCAACGACAGGGGCUAUUACCGACAGUCAUUUUUCGGGCAGUCAUUCCCUCGGAGAUAUGAGAGCCAGGCGUGCAGGGCGACGCCGCCGGCACAUGUCCUUAAUGACUGUGUCACGGUGGUUACUGAUUUUAUUGUGGAGGUUAAUAAGAGGCAGUCGAGGGAGUUGCAUUCUUCAGGUCAAUUCCGGCCUGGGAGAGAGAGUUUGAAGGAUGAAGAAGCGAGGAUGGAUAGUUAUAUAUAGAUUGAUGCGUAUAACGACACGGCGUACAUAGAUGCAUAAAAACUAGUGAGAUAGGAUAG